AUGUCAGCUACUACUAGUUAUGAAUUGGAAGACAUGAAAAACGUACCAUACCAAGAAGCGGUGGGCAGCAUUUUAUAUUUAUCGCAAUGCACACGACCCGACAUUACAUUUGCAAUAAGUAGUGAAAGUGGAUUCAACAAUCAACCGGGUCGUCCACAAGGGAAUGCGGUUAAACGCAUUUUUCGCUAUUUAAAAGGGACAAGCGAUUUAAAAUUGACAUUUGGACCGAACGGUAAAAAUAGUGAAUUACAUGGCUAUUGUGAUGCAGAUUGGACAUCAGACAUCGAUGAUAGAAAGUCAUGCACGUCGUAUGUUUUUAAAUACCAAAAUGGCUCUAUUUCAUGGACCAGCAAAACACAUCCUGCAGUUGCACCAUCAAGUGCUGAAGCGGAAUAUAUGGCGCUCUCUGCUGCUUCACAAGAAGCAAUUUGGAUUCAACAAUUUUUGGCGGAAUUAACAACCGAUGAAGUAAAACCGAUCAAAAUUUACAGCGACAAUCAAAGUGCAAUCAACAUGGGUCAAAAUGAAAUUUAUAGUCCCCGAACGAAACACAUUGAUAUUCGUCAUCACUUUGUUCGAGAGUGCAUCAACAACGGAAAUGUAAAGCUGGAAUAUACCAACACAAUUCAAAUGGUUUCUGAUAAUUUGACAAAACCGGUUAAUAACGGUAAACAUGCCUUCUGCACAAAGAAUUUUGGACUUUCACAUAAUUAA